AUGCUGACAGUAUUCUCCUGUCGCAGCUUCAUCGCCGAUGACCUGAGGUCCGUGGACCGCACGAAGACGCCCUGGCUGAUUCUGAGCGGCCAUCGGCCGAUCUACGUAAGCUCCACCGAUGAUGGCCCUCCCGAUGGCCACCAAUAUGUGUCGAGGCUGCUGAGGGCAGCGCUGGAGGACCUGCUGAUUGAGCACAAGGUGGACGUCACUUUUUGGGGUCACCAUCACAGCUACCAGCGCACCUGUCCCAUGUACAACGGCAGCUGCGUGGGCUUCGACGACAUGGGCCAGGCGCUGGGACCCGUGCAUAUCGUCGCGGGGAACGCCGGCGCCCCCUUGUACAUGAAUGAGCAAUUCGACACGCCAGACUACUUCCAGAAUAUCAUUGUGGAGUAUGGCUACCUGCGUGUGACUGCUGAUGCCACCCAGCUACAUGUACACGCAAUGAGCAACAAAUACGGCUCAGUCAUGGACUCUGUCACGCUCAGAAAGAGCGAAAGCUGGCACAGGGGCGGGCGCGUUGAGCGCGGCAACGGCGGAAAGAGCGAAACAGGGCGGGCGCAGAUGAACGGAGGAACUGUGGCGUCCUUUGUAGGGCCUGCUGAUUUGAAAUCGGGCGCCGUCGGGGCGGAUUCCCCAUCGGAGAGCUGCAUUCGUCCGUUUUUGUGUACAACUUAG